AUGGGCGGUGCUUUAUCAACCAAAGAGAAGAAUGAGUUAGAAUGGCAGAAAUUUAAUGACAGUCUUGGUUCCCAAUUAGAAAGUAAUCCCCAUCUUGAAAAUAUCACUAAAAUUCUGUCCCUCAGUUAUGAUGACUUGCCUCACUACCUCAAGUCUUGUUUCUUGUACUUUGCCAUUUUUCCAGAGGACUACUCCAUUAAUUGUGGAAGAUUCAUCCGACUGUGGAUAGCUGAAGGGUUUGUGAAAGGAAAGAAAGGGAUAACAUUGGAACAGGUUGCCAAAGAAUACUUGACUGAACUGAUUCAUAGAAGCUUGGUUCAAUUGUCUUACGUGGAUUAUCUAGGGAAAAUUAGAAGUUGCAGAGUCCAUGAUUUGAUGCGUGAAAUUAUCCUCAGAAAGGCUGAGGAGUUGAGUUUUUGUCGUGCUUUGGGGGAAGAGGACUCAAGCUUUGAUGGAAAAUUUCGGCUCAUAUCAAUUCAAAAAAGUAAAGAUAAUGUUGUGGAGACUACUAAUAGAAACUCACAGAUUCGUUCAAUUUUGCUUUUUGACAUUGAUUUAGGGCCCAUGCUGUUUACAGGUACAUCCCUUACCAACUUUAAGCUUUUGAAAGUAUUGGAUUUUGAAGAUGCUCCUCUAUAUAGUGUUCCAGAAGAUUUGGGAAAUCUGUUCCACUUGAGGUACUUAAGUCUGAGGAGGACAAAAGUCAAGAUGCUUCCAAAGUCCAUAGGUAAGUUACAAAACCUGCAAACUUUGGAUCUGAAACAUUCCCUUGUGGAUGCGCUUCCAGUUGAGAUCGAGAAGCUUCAAAAGCUGCACCAUAUUCUAUCCUAUUCUUAUAACUACCAUUCUGUAGGUCAACUCCCAUCUGUUAGAGUACUUGUAGGGGAGGUGAUUGGCAGUAUGGUAGAGUUGCAGAAGCUGUGUUAUGUGGAGGCAAAUCACGGGAAGGGCCUAAUUGCGGAGCUGGGAAAGCUGAAACAGUUGAGGAAGCUGGGCAUUACAAACCUUAUGGAAGAAGACGGGCUAAGUCUUUGUGCCUCCAUUUCAAAUAUGAAGUACCUUGAAGCUUUAUGCAUAUGUGCAAGGGAUGAUGAUAUUCUCAAGUUAAGCUAUGACCCAAUGGAAGUCCCCCAAGCUCUGCCUAAUCUAUUGGAGGUUUACCUCUUCGAUGCAUAUGACGGUGAAUGUUUGUGUUUUGCAGAGUUAGGAUUUCAGAAACUUAAACGGUUACAACUCACUGACAUGAAGGGACUGAAAACCCUGAAAAUACACGAUGGAGCAUCACCUCUACUCGAACAUUUAGAAAUUGGGCCUAGCCCACAACUGGAGGAGGUGCCCUCUGGCAUUCGCUUCCUCGAAACCCUUAGAAGGAUUGAUUUUUGGGAUAUGUCAACAGAAUUCACAAAUAGUAUGCUACUAGGUGGCCAAAAUUAUCAGAUAGUUGAACAUGUUCCCAGUGUCUUUUCCCACUUUUCCCAUGCUGGAGGCUUCAGCUCCGAGGCACUAAGAUGA